CCCCUCCUGUCCACGUGUUGGCGCUCGCGCGCUCAUGUCCCCACGAGCCGUUAGAGACACAGUGACGUCAGUCAUCAUAAACAGCUAGCGGAGCUGCUUCUGUGUUUCAUGAGCUCUCUCUCUCUCUCUCUUUUUUUUUUGCUGGCACAGAUUUAUAUCAGCCAAAAACCACCGAGACAAAUCCGUCAAAGAACAUUUCAAUACCUGCGAAUACACCAAAAAAAAACCCCACACUGUAGGUUUCGUCUCCUCAAGGUCAACAUUGUGUCUGGUACGGUGACGCUGUAGCACUCACUGGCAGUCCUGUGACCCCGAGAAAAUAAUGUGCUGCAGCUGAAGAUGGGUGGCAGCGGCUCCAAAUCCAAAGGAUUUUGGCCUUUUUCUGGCUCAGGUAGCACGGACGAUCCGACCAAAGAUGGAAAUGAACAGUCGAUGGCAAGAGUUCGAAGUUUCGCGAGCGCAACGCCUUUUGUGUUUACUAGACGAAGCUCUUUGUACCUCGAUGAAGAUGGCGACCUCGCCCAUGAGUUCUAUGAAGAAACAAUUGUGACAAAAAAUGGCCGUAAAAAAGCCAAGCUGAAGAGGAUUCAUAAAAACCUAACACCUCAGGGAAUUAUAAAGCUGGACCACCCUUGCAUCCAUGUAGAUUUCCCAGUUGUCCUCUGUGAAGCUUGAUGAUGUCUGAGGAGCGUCUCGGACUUCCACUGUGUCAACUCCGUCCCGUGGUUUCCCCUACAGCUGGAAGCCUGAGCCACCUUUUAAAAUAACAUGAUCUCUCGAUAUAUUUGAUGCCCUUUAUGUGGACAGGCUGAUGCGAUGUGUGCUGAGCCUCUGCAUGUGAUCUGUUUUUGGCUUGUGUGCAAGUAGACACAGAAUAGGUCACCGGUGGAGAUGAAGGGUGCCAAGUUGGCGAGGGGGAAAAAGAAAAAAAAAACUACUCAGUUUACAGAUCAUGGUUUGUAUGCAUGUAUGUGUGAAUGUGUGUGCAGACAUGGGAUGAAAUGUGACAGAUGAGUGCAGAGUCCUGAAUUUACUGCUGCAGGUUGUUUUCUGGUAUGACUGAUCGAACCUCGAGGAGUUUAAUGUGACCAGUUCUUCGCUCUGUCACGGUCAUAUCUAGAGCAGGAAAGUUUAAGCGCACACUUUGAGUUUUUGACACCAUCAUGAAUUGCUUUAUUAUGCAUGGAACAGGAUCUGCUUAUUGGUAACAGCCUAGGGAGUUGACAAUCACUGGCCCACAAAAUCUAAAGUGGAUUAAUGUCAUAUAUAAUGUUGGAUGGACUGGCUUCAAUGACCUCAGAGCCACACAUGUACACAGUGAGCAGCAGUGAGUCCAGUAAGAGAUCCUGUUGGUUCCUUUGCUGCUUUGGCAUAUUAUGUUUCACUUUUAAUUUAUUAUAACUGUUUUUUAAUUACAAUUUGAAAUGCUAAACUGUGUCACAGUAAAUUUUUUUUUAUACCUACAUAUAGUUGAAAUGUAUAUUAAAGUUUACUCAUUCACUUCAUAAAGGAGAAAAAAAAAUCAUGGAUAUAUUUUAUCGUCAUUGCCUAUAAAAUUGUGAAAAUAGGAUAAAGAGUAAAGGCUGUAGCUACCUGAGGCCAAUGAGAUCAUA